AUGCCGGCGGGGCCGCGCGGGCGGGGGGCCCCCCCAGGGAGCCGGGCCGCGGGUUGUACGCGACGGGGCGGGCGGCGACGGAACCGUGGGCGGACCGGGGCGGAGGAGCAGGAGGAGGAGGAGGAGCAGGCGGAGUGCCCGGCGUGCCGCCAGGCUUUGGGGCAGGCGGUGACGCCGCCCUGCCGCCACUCCUGUGCCUCGCUUUGCUUCCAGCGCCUGCUCAAGGGCCAGGCCUUGCGCUGCCCGAUUUGUCGUUUGGCCAACCGGGCCCGCACCGACAGAGCACGGCACAAGGAGGACGAGGAGGAGGACGAGGAGGAAGGAGGAGGCGCGGAGCGGCGGCUGCCGGACCCAGAUUUUAUAUUCAGAGCACCCAUCAAAUUAAGUAAACCGGGGGAACUUCGAGAAGAAUAUGAAAGCCAGCUAAGGAAGCUGAGAGAAGAAAAGGUACAAGAAGAAAAAGCUUCUGAGGACCUGAUUCACAAGCUCAUGCUAGAUGACGUGGAAGUAGGGAAACGAAAAAUGGAAGAACAGCAGAAAAAAGAAGAAUCUCUCGUGCUCAAAGUGAACCAAGAGUGUUUUCCUGAACGUCUCUCGGAUUCAGAAAAUGAAGAACCAUUCCAAGGCAAGCAGACACAUCGGUCAGCAUUCGUUUCCAAGACCAGUGCCUACUCCUUCGCUUUCCUUUCAGGGAACCUGACCUCCAAGGUGGAAAGGAGUCGCAGCUGCAAUGACACCAUCCAGGAGAGAUCAAAGAGCAGGCAGAGAUCGGCCCCAGCCAACAAAACAAAGGUCCCACCCAUCACCAGCGCAUCAACACCUCUGCUGGGAGUCCUCUCCUCCACCCAGAACAACCGCUGCCUCUCUGCCCCAGACCUGACGGCGGAGAAGCGCCCACUCCUCAACCCCGUGUCCUCUCUCUCAGCCCUGCACAAACCAGAGCGAUCCAUCAGCCCCGAGAGCAACGACAGCAUCUCAGAAGAGCUCAACCACUUCAAGCCCAUCGUCUGCUCCCCAUGCACGCCUCCCAAGAGGCUUCCUGAUGGCCGCGUCCUCAGCCCUCUCAUCAUAAAAUCCACUCCGAGGAACCUCAGUCGGAGUCUGCAGAAACCGACCACCUACGAGGCCAGCCCCAGAAUACUGAAAAAAUGGGAGCAGAUCUUUCAGGAGCGCCAGAUUAAAAAGACUCUCUCGAAAGCGACUCUAACGUCAUUGGCUUCAGAGCCUGGGGAGGACGUUACACUUCCUGAUGUCACCCAUAAGGAGCAUUCCCAGAUUCAGGAUGAUCAGGUGCUGCCGGAUGUGACAGGAGACCUUCACCCUGAGCUGGAUUUCCUUCCUUCUAUCAGCGAGAUGAAGAGAGGGAGUGAGAGGAACAGGGAUUCCCAGGCCUUAACAACGGACAACAGUGCUGAACCAGAGAUGCGGUUGAAUGCAGCGCCAUUGCAUGCGCGUGUAUCCGAAGCCCCCGAAAUCAAAACCAACGUGUUCACGGACAAAUCCUGUCUUAAUCUUGGCCCCAAAGCACUGAGCAGAAGGGUCAUGGGGGUGCCAGACAGCAGCACUCUGGGGGUUCUAUCGGGGAAGAAGCAGCUGAAAUGCCUGAACAACAGCGAGCUGAUCAACGUGCAGAACAGCACCUGCAACUCCGUUGAGAACAUCAUCAGUGAACAACAGCCAGCGUUACGACGGGGACGGAAGAGACGCUGCAAAACAAAGCACUUGGAGCAUAACGGCUCUGUCAAAAGACUGAGGCACACAGCAGGGGAGCCAGGCUUGGAGGAGCGCCUGGUGCGAGAGGUGGAGCAGAAGCUGCAGCAGGAGGAGGAGGACAGGAGGUUGGCCCUGCACCUGCAGCGCAUCUUCGACAGCGAGAACAGGACAGUGGAUAGGCGGAAAGUCAGGGUGGAUCGGUACCUGCUGCGGUCGAAGAGCACUCUGGGUGCCAAGUAGCACUGGUGGACGAUGUUGCCUUUCUAGAGGACAAUGAGGUUUAUCAAAUUAUCGUAUAGGAAAGCUAUUUUUUGUCAUACUUUCACCCACGCCGUCGUUUUUCAUUUCAGUGGUCAGACAUUCGAGGUCCAGUUCAGAGAGAAGCCAGAGUCCUUCCAGAUUUAAACAAAAGACGAAAAGUUCCUCCAGCCUGGCUGGUCCAUUGGUCUGAGAGAGGUCUGGCAUCUUGUGAAUGCACUGCAGUGCAGCUGGUGGUUGUCCUGGCUGGAAGGGUUGGUUGCACAGGCUGCCUCGGUCCUGUGCACACUCUUCCUUGCUAGGCGGGACGCAGAGGUCCCUUCCAGCCUCAGCUGUUCUAUGGAGGACCUCAUCCAUUCAUUGUCAUGUCCUUGUUCCAGGAGAAAUCGGAGCUCUGCUUGCAGAGGAAACCAGGCUGGUCGCAUCCUGGGUUUUGCAGGAGGGACCAGAGGAUCCACCUGCAGUGCUGACCAAUGAAUGUAUCUUGCUGGCUGCACCAGCAGUGCAGAUCAGAGGUUGUCUUCUACGAGUAGAAGGCCAAACGUGGUGAAAAAAAUGUUGUAAAAUCAGGUUUUUAUAGAAAAGCAUUAUAGGAACUUGUAUGUUCGUGUUAAUGAUGGGGCAGAGAGCAGCUGGGAGACGUCCUCCAACCACUGCAACCCAAGGAGCAAUGUGGCUUUACUCCCCUGGGUUUCACCCUGUCCCUGCUAAAUGAUGAAGCCCAGAAAAGGAAAUGCUGCCAUGAUGUUGGGAAGGAGGGGGCAGGCAUUGCCGGUUCUGGGCAACAUGCAGGUGCAACACAGGGAGCAUGGCUGGCCUCUCCCAGCACAGGAGGUGUGCAACAGGGGUGGGAUGGUAGCAGAGGGUGUACAAUGGGAUGCAGGGGGUACAAGCCACACUCGCUAUUGCUUAAACCAGUAGCAGCUCAAGUGAGCAAUGUGCUACGUAAAGCUUCUUCAAGGUAUAAGGUUGGGCACGGGGCUGCUGGAGGCUGGGGGAGCUGUUGGGCUUGGUGGGGUAGAGUUGUGCCUUUGGUGACAGCCACACUCAGCACCCCCUGCCUUUCCCCUCUCUUCCCCAUCAUCCAAAGUGAUCCUUGGGUUCUUGCAAGGAACUGAGCUCAGGAAGAAUCAGCUCAGCUCCAUCUACGGGUGCUGCUUUGCAGUGUAUUCAGGGGGAUGAGUUGUGUAGGAUGGACCUGACGCGUGGGACAGCUCGCUGUGACCGAUCCCAGAGAAUCGCCGUUGCCCAAAUUCCUCCUAUCUAAAAAGAAAACAGCUGAAUGUCUUCCUCUUUAAAAACAGAAAGAAAGAAAGGAACUGAUUCUGUUUUUCCCUUCCUUGUGUGACCGCAAGGACCCUGACGCUUUUUCCUAAUGGAACUGGAUUUUUCUUUUUAAUUUUUUUUUUUUUAAAGAAAACUUAUAUUUUAAUGGAUAAAAUUUUAUAUAUUUUAAAUACUAUAUUUCAACAGAUGGACACUUUUGUUUUGAGAAAGCUUAUAGCAGUGAUUCCAUAAUAUAUAGAUCUAUAUCCGUAUCUCCUUCGCACACCAACUGGAUGCUCCCUGAUCUCUGGGACCAUCCCUGCUCCCUGACGGCUCUUUGGACUCAAAUCAUGUAUUGAGAUGGAAGGAAAUGAAGCAAUUGGAGCCCCAAUUUGACCCAGAGGAGCAAUGUGGAGAUCAACAGCAACAGCCUGAAUUUGCCCUCUGCAGUGGUUUCUGUAGGAUAAACUCAGAAUGGAAACUCACAGCGAUUUUAUUCUCCUCCCGUGAGUUAAAUUUUCCUGUUAACUUUAGAUCUCGUCGCUGCCCUUUGCUCAUGAUUAAUCCUGGAGCCCUGAACGGUUUCCUCCUUUCUCUUUUUUGGUCCUCAGUACUCUCAGAGCAAACAUGCACAGCAAAACCCACAUUUCCUUGGGGUUUCCAAGCCGAAUGCAUCCCUUCUUUCCCUUCUUAAGAACGAUUUUGGAGCCCAAUGCACCAAGCCAGUGUCUUCUUAAAUAUCUUUCUUUUUUUUUUUUUCUUAAAGACGAGUUACAUAAAUAUUUAUGCAUUAAAUACAUGGCUUCAGCAGCAGCUGGCUUCCUUAAAACCCAGCCCCACCUGCGCUGGGAUGGAAGGAGACCUCCAGAUGUUGUCCGUAGCUUGCACGAAAAGGAGCAGUGUAUCAUUUCACUGAUAAGAGCAGAAAUCCCCAGCCUCCCUUGCUGUCAUGGGCGGGUGAUGGCCGCAAACAACACCAGCAGAGAAGCAGAAUACCUCUUGCUGAGCGCUGGGUGCAGCACAGGAUCUGCAGAGACCCUGAGAUGGGACCAACCAUUGGUUUGCGCCUCCUGGGAAGCAGCUCCUGACCCUCAUCCUUCCUGCAGUCACCUCCUCUUGGGGACUGGGGGCAGCUCAUGGGACAGCACUGGCACCUGGGUGUCCUCUCACCAUAUCCCACCAUCCUGCACCUCCAUGGGAGGAGUGGGGUGCCGUCAUCCAGCAACCAAAUCUGCCAAAGACGCCACCUGGCUCUGCAAAGCAGCUCGGACACUUUGGAGCCCUCUGCAUGGGAUCAGAUGUACAGAACGGUUCGUGCUCAGAGUCGGUGAGAAGAGAGAAACGAAGGAAAAGUGCCAAAAGAAAGGAUGAUGCAAGAUGAUUGUAUGAUGUUGUUCUAUAUUGUCAGUAUUUUUCUUCCAAUGCUAUUGUACAUGCAGUGCACAGUAGUCACGAAGUAUAGCUUGAACAAGCGCUUCUUUGUAUUGUAUCAAUGAGAGCAAGGAGGAGGUAGAAGCCUUAAAGACUAUCGCUGAUGUUAAACUGAAGCCUUCAACGCUGCUCCGGGGGGCAGCAGCCCCACAGGGCUCCCAGCUCCUCGCCAUCUCCUGACCCUACAGAACCCAUCCCCACGCAUCCCUAACAGGGAUACGGCUGGAAACGAUCCCCCAGGAAAACCAGGGCCCACCAGGGAUUGUUUCUGUGUCACCGUGGUUGUCUGGGGUGUCACCGUGAUGAUGUCAGAUGUUACCGCGAUUGUUGGGAUGUGACAGUGUGGGAUGUCACUGUUUGGGAGGUCACUGUGGCGGUCUGGGAUGUAAUCAUGACGGUGUGGGAUGUCACCAUGACUGUUGGGAUGUCACCAUGACUGAGAGCUGCAGGGCAUUUCCUGGAGCACUGCUCAGCACUGGAUCCAUCUCCACGCGCAGUGCAGUUCUGACGCAAACUUUUAUCUUCCCUGUGUCUUCAAAGCACGGCAAGACAUCGGAACAGCCCUAGAACUAGCUAGUCACUAUGCAAACAGGAAGAACUUCCACUGAUGACAAAAGGUUUCAUGUAUGCCUGGUUUUCUUGGUGUUUACUGUCAAACUGUUUGAAACAAAUAUCGAUGUUGCUACACUUUUUCCAAUAUGCUUUAAAUCGUUGUGCUUUAGUGUUCUCUGCUGCCAUCGGAGCAGUGAGAGACUACGGUCAUUUUGGGUCUCAGCUGAACCACCGCGGCUUCAUCUGAAUGUUUUAAAAGCGAUGGGAGUUGCUCAAAGACUGUUGACUUGCAUGUGUAAAUGUGUGGGUAAAUGACAUGCAGAGUCCGUCAUGUUGUGGCUUCUGUCGUUUUGGAACAGAGUAAAUCCUGCUUGUGAAAAAAUUGUCACAAAACAGAAACAUGCCAACCGUGUGCAAAUCCUGUGUACCUUAUAACGGCAUCGAGGACUUUAACUGCAGGACAAGGGCCGAGGUUAAAGCAGAAUAAAACCAGGUUCUGACAACGA